CGUUGCCACCCAUGUAAGAUGCUUUCUUACAUCCUACUUGUCGGUCCAACCAUAUUCAAUAAUUGGCCGAUAGAAACAAGAAACAAGAACGACCACAUCUUCUUCAACAAAACAAACCAUGUUCAGGGUUGCAUUAAGAAAAAAGGUUACCAUUUCAAGAGCUCCUGUGGUUUCUCCAAGCUUCAAGAUGGGAUUUUCGUCCCAGACUGCGAGACUUGAAGGCAAAGUGGCGCUGAUCACCGGAGCAGCAAGUGGCAUAGGAAAGGCAACUGCAUCCAAAUUCAUCACCAAUGGUGCCAAAGUUGUCAUUGCAGAUAUCCAACAGCAGCUUGGCCAGGUCACAGCAAACGAGCUCGGUCCCAAUGCGACCUUCAUCGCCUGUGAUGUCUCAAAAGAAUCCGACAUUUCCAAUGCUGUAGAUUUCACCAUCUCUAAACAUAGCCAGCUUGACAUUAUGUACGCCAAUGCAGGGGUAGCCUGCAACACUCCCCCGAGCAUUGUGGACCUCGACCUGGCAGUGUUCGAUCGUGUCAUGAACAUCAACGUGCGAGGAGUCGUUGCAGGAAUGAAACAUGCUUCACGUGUGAUGAUCCCGCGCAAAACUGGCUCCAUUCUAUGCACAGCCAGUGUCACGGGACUAAUGGGAGGACUCGCACAGCACACCUAUUCGGUAUCCAAGUUUGCUGUCAUAGGCAUUGUUAAGUCGCUGGCUGCAGAGCUAAGCAAGCAUGGAAUUCGGGUCAAUUGUAUAUCGCCAUUUGCCAUUCCAACCCCAUUUGUACUUGAAGAAAUGAGUCGGAUUUUCCCGGGAAUCGAUAUUCAGCGUCUAAUAGAAAUAACACAGAAUGCCGGCGUCUUGGAGGGUACAAAUUGUGAACCCAACGACAUUGCUAAUGCUGCACUUUAUCUAGCUUCAGAUGACGCUAAAUAUGUUAGUGGGCAUAAUUUGGUGGUAGAUGGAGGUUUUACAUCUUUCAAGACUUUGGAAUUUCCUGCACCAGAUCAGGUGCAUUAAACAUUCAUUAUCAGUUGUCACUGACUCACUAUGCAAAGACAUGAGAUGAGAAGACAUUGAUUCGAAA